AUGAUGCUCUGCCUACUGAUGGGCCUGGCUUGGGUGGGAUCAUGUCAAACCGCUCUUCUUUGCGACAGAACGAGAGAACCCGCAUUCUUUUGGCUAGAUGAACCCAGACACUGUGAUGAAACUGGCGGUGCUCCAGCUAAACUCAAAAUCACAACUGAUCAAGUCACCUCUUUUAGAGUGAAAGGGUGGAUAAUACUGCUUCAAGAGUUCGAAUGCACCACUCACUAUUUCGUAUGGGGGUCCUAUAGCAUGACUCACAAUUUCAUGCCAGACAACGCAGAUCUUAGAGAUAUGCCUGAUCCAGUCUGCCCAGAAGGCUACAUCCAAUACACAAACCUCCAGGACCUAUUGAAGCUGUGUGAGUGGGCAUGGCCAACAUCUGUCUCCGUCAACAAGAAGGUGUGCAAAAUCUCCUCAGGUAUGAUGGAGAAUAGUCCGGGAGGCUUUUUUGUAGAAGGGCCAGACCCAGCUGCCUCGACUACACCUGCAAGACAGACUCAGGACUUCUUUUCAUACACACAUCCUCCUUCCACCAGCUUGAGGACAGAAGUAGAUCAUCUAAGAUAG